CUCGGUGGGGGACGACGUUGCGAAUUGUUAUUGAAGUCAUGCCCCCGAAGGCGACUUCGGGAAGGCUGUCAGUUGCUAGUAAACGUUCGCAGCGUCCGUACCCGGCGGCUGACCCGCGCCGCGUCCGUGCCGUCUCAUUACAAACUAUAACGCAUCGGUCUUCCGCGUUUACAAACAAGUGCCAACUUUAUAUUGAAAUAAAUGACUCUGUGAUUUUAAACAUUUAAAAAGACUUUGGUUUGUUUAAGAUUUAGUUAUGUGACAAUUAGUAACGGACUACUUAAAUAUAAAACUUUUUAAUAGCUACAAACAUUUAUCAGUGCAACGUUUACUCGUGGAGCGUGUUGUGAGUAGGACUUUCGGUUGAAGUUUGUUUCGGCAAUAUUUCCAUCGCUGGAGUGUUUACGCCGCGCACGUGGCCGCGCCGCCCACCCGCUCCUGCGAUGCCGCGAAAAACUUUCUUCGAAAACACUGCCCUAGUGUAAGUAAGUUAACUCGCUUGGGAGAUAACGCGAUCGCGACCAUGACUUUAACCUGUGGCGCCUGAUCCAUGCAGCGGCUACUACAUGUUCGUCGUGAAGAGGAGUGUUGUGUUUUUAUUUUUUUUUCGUUGGAGGAGACGGUGCUCUUCUCUAGAUUGAUGAUUUAAAUGGCUAACAACAACGCCGUUUCGUCGACAUUGUCGUCGAGAGACUAUCACUGUAAGGUCUGCGAUCUAUAUUUAGAUACUGUGGAUUCCUUGGAAGUGCAUUUACAAUAUCACAAGGAGAAUUUAUACGUGAAGUGGGGUACGCAGAAUACGCAAAAUGAUACUGAAAAUAAUAACGGGGCUAAAGUGAAAAACGAGACUACAGUGUCGGCACCAGCUGACUCGAGUGACAACAUGAUCACCAAGCCCAGUCCGGAGUUCCAGCAGCGGGCCACGCCGGAGACCAGCGCGCAGUUCCCGCACCCGGCGACCCCACAGAGCUACCACAGCGCUCCGUCACCAUAUCAGAACCCAGACCAAACCAACUUUUCUCCGGGAGCACAGUAUGGUAAUAAUUUUCCUCAUUCUAAUUUUCCGCAAAAUCAACAUCAAGAUCAAAUUAAUUGGGAGCAGUCACAAUAUAGCCAAGAUUACCACAAAUCAAAUCGUUUCCAUCCAUAUAACAUGCAAGACCGGGUAUCGCAAGUAUCAUCAUCGAGCCCUUUGUAUGGCCAGCCAUUAAAUCAGCCGACUCCGUCGCCUUCACCGAAUCAGUGCGAUAAAUGCGGCUUUGUUUGCGAUUCUGCAGUCCAGCUCAACGAGCAUUGCAAUUCAGCGCAUGCAGGCGCCAGCGUUCCACCAGCUUCGUCAUCAAUGCCAUUUCAACAAUAUGCGGGAAAAUCUUAUAACAAUCCGGGCUAUCAAAAUGAAAACAUAAAAAUUAAAGAAGAGCAUGAAGAGUCAUCUGAUAUUUUAGAUUUGGAUUCGCAAAAGGUUGUGUACCAAGGAAAUGAAGGUGAACAGCAAGCAGCCACCUAUGACGACCCAUCAUCUCAAGUUCGGGAUGUGAACACGAGGACGGUUCCAAUGAUGCCAUGGGAAACUCAAAAAUUGUACAGCAAUCCUCAAAUCAAUGGAGACGUAUCUUUGUUUAAAGACCAAAAAAUGUUUGCAGAACAAAAAGUGUACCCAAGUGAGGGGAAAAUGUUUCAUCCUGAACAUAAGUUUGGAUACUCUCAAGAAAAAUUCUUAGUACAUCAUGAGCAAAAACCAUUCAUGCAUGUAGAACAAAAAAUAUACCCUGGUGUACAAAUGCCACCGUUAUCUGAUUAUCCAGGGUCGGUCGCGUCAAGCAAUGCUGAAAUGAAACCUCCUUAUCGUCCCUAUGACUCGCCAACGGCACCGCAAAUAACGAGCACACAGCCAGCAAACCCAACAUCUUCAACUCUGCCAUCUAUCGGAGGAAAGGGUGCCAACUGGAAGUCGAAUGAAGCAAGAAGACCAAAAACUUACAAUUGCACUGCAUGCAAUAAGUGGUUUACGAGUUCUGGGCAUUUAAAAAGGCACUAUAACACCACACUUCAUAAGAAUGCAGUAAGAUCUUCCGGACAACCAGAUCCAGCAACGAUGCCAAUUUCAAAUCAUCAUCAUCCGAGUCGCGAACCAUUGCAAAACCGCGCUCAGCAGCAGAACGCCGACUCGAACACGCAGAGUCCCAUCCCAUCCGAGGACAGCCGAGGCGUUGACGACAGCGUCUUGCAUUCGCCCUACGCGUCGCAAAACUUCGAGCGUUCGCAUCGUGUUGCCGCCAUGCAGUCCAAGUCAUAUACGCAUCUUCAACAGGGUAAUUUAGAUAAUAAUUUCAGUACUAAUCAUUUAGCUAACCACCCUUUACAGCAUCAAGUCGGUUCACAUCCAAUUAAUAUAGGAAAUCAACCGCCGGGUAUAGGUAUUACAAACGACAAUCCUCAAGGGUCAAAAGUUACAUCAUUAUCAACCGUUGCGAAUCCCCCAAACGGGGAAGCAGGUCCCUCUGUUUCUCAAAAUCACCAUAUGAGGGGCCUGCUAUCAGUAUCAACCAGCAAUAUUUCAACACCAGCUCAGAGUACCCCGGCUCUUACGCCGCACACGCUACCGCCAUUCAGCCAUUUGGGUGUCAACCCGUACAGUCCGAGGUCUACGGAUCCUUUGGGGCCUUCGGUACCGGACCCCACGCACACCCCAUUAUAUUUGGGUCAGAAUUUUCAGCAGACUAUAGCACCGAGUUACCCAAACGGGAUGGCCCCCCACGUUAUGGAUAUGGCUAUCAACAAUCUGCCUAUAGCCAAUCCGGCUACUUUUGGUGAAUCUUCACCUGAAGAAGUCGAAGUUAUGGAACAUGAAACGUCUCAGCCUGCCAAUGGACGCUUGCCGAGCUUUUCGCAGCUCCAGACGCAGAGCUUCAGCGUUUAUGUUUCUAACUAUAUUACAUCACCUAACGUGGGGGGUCAAGUUGUUGCCGACGAGUCUACCGCCGGUUACAUUAUUGUUGAUCCAGUCCAUUCUCCUAUACAGUAUAACACUAUUGAUAUCGGUGGUCAAACCAUAGACUAUGAUUACAAUUUUUCACCUAAAACCAUUAAAGAAAACGUCAUUAAUUACAAUCCCGAUAAUUUAAAAAUUUAUCCAUAUGGGUACGCUGUAGGCGGCAAAACUAUAAAACGCGAAGAUGAUCUUUUACGGUCUGACUCAAGUGAGCUUCAAAUUUUAAAAAUAGAGGACAUCAUGGACUACGCAAACAAAGAAAACUACGGAGCUCAAAUGAAGUCUCCAGCGAGUCCAGAGAGCGCUAAAGCUGACAACGAAAGCCACGGAUCCCCUUCCAUUUCAUCUACAGUUCCAAGUAUGCCAUUAACUGAAAGAAAUCAGCUUAAAAAAACUGCGUCUGUAACAGUCCAUAAAUGUUUCGAAUGUGAUAAAUUAUUUAACAAAGCUUGCUAUCUUACUCAGCACAAUAAGACUUUCCAUUCGGGCGCCAAGCCUUUUAAAUGCGAUCGAUGUGGCAAGCGUUUUUCAGAUGAUGUUUCGUACGAGGGUCACUAUUUAAAGCACGCGGACAAUAAACCAUUUAAAUGUAGCGAGUGCCCCAAAUCAUUUAAUCACAAAACCGAUUUACGUCGACACAUGUGCUUACACUCGGGGUGCAAACCUUUCGCUUGCGACCACUGCGGCAAAGGCUUCAUAAGGAAAGACCACAUGGUGAAACAUUUUGAUACCCAUAUGAAAAAAAACUUACGCUCAUCAUCAUCAUCGAUUUCAUCUUCAUCGCCUUCCUCUUCUACAUAAUUAAAAUUGUCAAGUUAUUUUAGAGAAAGUUUUGUACACAAAUUAUCAUUAUCUGAUAAAAGAAAUUGUGCAUAUUUGUUUCAAAGUAGGUUCUAUUUAUAUAGUUAAUAACGUUGGAGCGCAACGUUUUGUUAUAGAUCUGUUAUGUCCUUAGAGCGCAGCGGCGGUGCGACUCCGGCGCAUGCAUUUGGUCCGCCAGCUACGUUUUUUGUUGUUCGUUCAAUCUAACCUUGUGUCCGCGCAAGGUGACUUUACUUGUCUGCGUGUCUGGGCGCUAAACAUGUAAUUACAUGACGUCGGAGUGUUAUUCCGCAAUAAUUUAUAGACCGAUCCAUAUCAUUUUUACAUAUGAUAUAAUUACUAUUACCUAUAUUAUAGUAUUAGUUAGAUAAAAAAUAUCAGGUGAUUUAUUACACUAGGUGAUUGAAAUGGUUGUCAUAUUUCGACAUUUUAACCAGUACAUAUCUUUUUAUGUAGAUUACGGACAGUAAACGAUUUUAGUUAAAAGCUAUGUUUUAAUAAUUAUUAUAUUGUUGAUUUGUCUAUUAGGAGGAACAUGAUUAACUAUUAUUAAAAGCUAGGGCUAGAGCUUACGACCUUACUCGCAUAGAUUAAAAAAACUAUAUUUAAAUUUACAAAUAAAAAUAUUAAUGAGAAAUAUUAUUGUCAGACAACACAUACAGGGUGAUUAAUUAAUAACGAACAAUUUAGUUUAAUUUCAAAUCUGUUAGUUCCAAUAAAUUGUGUUAAAUUAAAAUUUAAAAUAUAAAUUGUAUCUCACAAAUAAACACAAAUCACACAUUCACUCAUAAAAUAUUGUGUAAAAUUAUGCGGGUAAUAUUUUAAAAAAUAGAACUCAAUAACUUUUUUCUAAUAAACGGCUUGGGCCUUACUUAAUUAAUAAUAAUUAAUCAUGUUAUCGUAAUAAUAUAUUUAAAUGACGUGUGUAUUUUAGAAUAUUUUCUGUAUACUUAUAAUAAAUUAAUGGGACUUGAUGCCAGGCAUUAGCUUACUCUUUCUAAUAUCGAAAGAAAAGAUUAUAAUUUGUUUUCAAUUAGUAUGAAUGUUAUAAUUACUUUGGUGCAAGUUUACAGAAAAUAGAAAACGAAAUUAGUAAAUGAUCAUAAAAAGUAUUCAUUAUUAUGUAUUGAUCAAUUUAUUGCAAAUUCUGUAGGUAGAUGUUUUACGUAUAGGUUGGAGACUUGAUAGAAAACUAUACUGACUGUUUUUGUCUUCUAAGGAAUUGUGUUACGUGGAAGGCUCCUAUAGUGAUGUGCCAUUGCGUUACCUUUGGACAUAGGAUGCAGUGUGCCACAACACUGCGACUUUAGUAUUUAUAAGUGUCGUUUUAAAUGUCGUUUUUGUUUUAAAUUCUGCUAUUAGUUAUUUCUUAUUAUUAAAUAUUUUUUCCGGUGCUUCCUAUAUUAUUAUUUUGUCUGUUGACAUUUGUUUUAAUGAUAAGAUAGUUGACGAAAUUCGGAAUUUUUUCUUAAAAUAUUAAUAACUAAUUUGUGUCCAACUUAAGUUACCAAUAUAUUAUUUGAACGAAUUUAGUUUAAACAUUCCUGUUACGUUAGUGGUAGGAAAGUAGUCUUCCUGAACGUUGCCAAAUUAUUUCCGCCAACUGUCUGUUGCGAAACAAUUUAACUUUAAUGAUUUUUAGCCUAAUAAUAAUGAAAUUCUCUAGCAAUAAUUUUAAUAAUGUAAAUGUUUUUGUAUAGUAUUAAAUAAAAUAUCAUGUUUAUUAAAUCACUUAGGUACUGAAUGAUAAAACAAAGGGAGACAUUGAUGACUUUGUACAUACAUAUAUAUGGAGGUAUAUAUUGACUCGCUUGAUGAAAAUGUAAAGUGAACACCUUAAUGUGGUGGCGUUUUGAAUUGUUCACCUUGUUGUUUGUACAAAUUGUUGAUUACGAUGUGAUGGUUGAGAGAAGAAUACCCUAAACUCUAAUUACAAUAGCCAAUUGGUCUCUUUCUUCUUUAAAUUAUUAGUACUCUUAUCAUGGAUUCAUUGAAUAUAAUAUUACCAUCAACAGGUAUGUAUUCAAACUGUUAACUCAAUAACAAGCUGAAUAUUUUAACACGCCUCGAACUCGCAGCCAUAUCUGUAGUCUAUUCCUUAUACCUAACAGAAUAUCCAUUGGAAAUAUAAAACAUAUGUGCAAUAUAUGAACAUUGUGUCUAAUUAAUUUUGAUAAUGUUUGUAUUUGACUGUUGAUUAUAUUGCAGAAGUAUUUUUAUACAAAUAGAAUUACACUUACAUUGCCUACUCGUAUCUACCUCAUCAAUGACUAUAACUAAUGAAUUAUCAAAUUACGAACGCAUUAAAUUCUGAAUGGUAUAAUAUGAAAGAUUUAUAUGUAAUGCAUUUAUUAUAUGAAUAUUUACACAAAUAUAAUAGAUAUUAACAAUCAUAUUACUAACUCGAGAUUCUUUGUUAGCAAGAUGUUUACAGUUUACACAUGUUAACUGAAAACGUUUAUUCUUUAGCCAAUUCCUGGUUUUAUUAUUAUCGAUAAAACUAAUGUAUAUUUUAACAUUUAUCUUAUUUUUUAUUUCCUUUGAAACAAGUUAUUUACUUGUAAUGUUGAUAGGUAACUAGUUCUUGUAGGAAGUUUUAUCAAAUUUCUAGUAAAUGAUAUAACACUCUGUACUUAAUUAAUUAAAAUAUAUAUUAAAUGAAAUAAAAGGAAUUGGUUACGAAUACACGUGGACCGAAACAAUUAUAGUUUAUACUAAAAAUAAAUAUGUACAAUUAAUGACACCAUAUUUAUACAAAAAGUACAUAUAAUUCAUAAUUUUACUAUAUAAAUAGUGUUGGAAAAUUUUUUGUAUGACAGAAAUAUUUUCACCUAGCAAUAACUUAAUAGUGACACAAUAUGAAACUUAGCUACCUCAGUAACGAGUAAUAGGGUUAGAACGUGUUGUGAGGGUAAGGUAGCAAGUCAGGCGGAGCGGCGGCGUCUUCUGUGCCGAACGAUACCUCAUCUUGCCUUCAUAUUCUGUUACCCAGGCGCCACCGAAGCCCCCCGACUCGCGACCUAGCGCCCGACUUCAGAUGUAUUUUAGCAGACAUAUUUGUCUCUCUUGUACUGUUUAAAACAAGCACUAGUAGUAACGCUUAGACAUAAAAAACUAAUGUAAAUAUUAAACGGUAAAUUUGUUAUUUAUCAUAUUCUAUUAUUGUAUUCAUCGAUACACUUAUUUUGAAAUAAUUUCGUAGUGAUUUCAAGUUUAUAAAAUAGUUUAUAAGAAACGAUAAAUUAAGAUUCCGUGAUUAUGUUUUGUAUAAAUUAAUUUAAUUAUUAUCAGUUACCAGAUGAUUUCUGUUACAUUCAGUUGAGUAAAAUUUGAGGAUAAAAUACACUGACAUGUUGUUUUUUUUUAAUGACUAUUAUCCCUUCGUAGGUUGGAUACGUUUGUAGUGAAAACGUAGACAGCAUGCGUUUUGAUGGGUUUCUAAUUAUAUUUGUUUACGGUAAGCGUAGUGCGAAAUUGAAACUGUUGCUAGGCUAUGCCGAAGUGACGUCACCGCGGUUGAACGUAACCUUUAUAAUAUCAAAUUAUACCAAAUACAUGGUGCAUGUUUAGUUAACUGCGAAAGCUGUGUCGGCGCUUGUGAGGUCACUUGGGGGUUGCUUAGACUUCUUAUAGAUUAAGUCCCGAUAAUAGUUUACUCUAGUAUUAGGUGACAGAUCUGUCACACAGCCACUUGCGAACAUUUUCAUCUGCUGUGCGUUGAUGUGAUCAUAUGUGUACCGCAGUAAACUAUCGAAUUUUAUUUGGCUGCUCGCUCAUAUGAACAUAUCAUAACCCUUUACCCAAUAAUAGCUAUGCGAUAUAUUUUAUGUCUAAUUUAAAAAUUUUGCCAUAACCACAAAUCAUUUUACUCACGCUGUUUAAUUAUUGUGGCAAAAUUUUGGCUCAAAUAUGUCAAGUUUUCAAUACAAAUUACUUUUUGUAUAUCGACAUAUUUUAGCCUAAAACUUUAUUUUUUAUAAUGUAACUCUUAAUUUUCACAUACCACUGCAAUAGCAGGUUUUCUGUCUCAGGUCUGUCAAUAAAUAUAAUAUAAAUUUAAUGUGAAAAAAAAAA